AUAUAUAUCAAAUUUCAAGAUCCACCCCAAAUUCCAAACCUCCUCUCAUGCACAAAUCUCUCUCUCUCUCUCACUCUCUCUCUCUCACACACAAGCACUGAAAAUGGCAAACGAGCUCCAGAAAAACUCUAUGUACAUAGAAAAUGGUGAAGCAAGCAAGAAUUUUGACGACGACGGCCGUCAACGAAGAACAGGGACGGUGGUGACGGCGAGCGCGCACAUAAUAACGGCGGUGAUAGGGUCGGGGGUGCUGUCGUUAGCGUGGGCGAUAGCGCAGCUGGGAUGGGUGGCCGGGCCGGCUGUGCUGAUGGCGUUCUCAUUCAUCACCUACUUGACCUCCACCUUCCUCGCCGACUCGUACCGCCACGACGGCCGCCGCAACUACACCUACAUGGACGUCGUCCGUUCUCACUUAGGUGGUUACAAAGUUCAGCUAUGUGGGCUGGCUCAGUAUGGGAAUCUUGUUGGGGUCACCAUUGGAUACACAAUUACUGCUUCGAUUAGUAUGGUGGCUGUGAAAAGGUCAAAUUGUUUCCAUAAGGAAGGACAUAAUGCAGAAUGCUCAAUAUCAAACUACCCAUUCAUGGCUAUAUUUGCUGGAAUUCAGCUGAUUUUGAGCCAAAUACCCAAUUUCCAUGAGCUUUCCUGGCUAUCUAUAGUUGCGGCCGUCAUGUCCUUCGCUUACUCCUCCAUCGGCCUCGCCCUCUCCAUUGCCAAGCUCGCAGGUGGUGGAGGGCAUGUGGAGACAAGCCUAACAGGGACGAGAGUAGGAGUGGACACAAGCGGCUCAGAAAAGGUGUGGAAUAGCUUUCAAGCCAUUGGAGACAUUGCUUUUGCCUAUGCUUAUUCAACUGUCCUAAUUGAAAUCCAGGACACGCUGAAAUCUCCACCACCGGAAAAUGUGGUGAUGAAGAAGGCUUCUUUAAUAGGUGUGGCAACCACCACCCUAUUCUACGUCCUCUGCGGCUGCCUCGGCUACGCAGCCUUCGGAAACAACGCUCCCGGCAACUUCCUUACUGGGUUUGGCUUCUACGAGCCCUUCUGGCUGAUCGACUUCGCAAACGUGUGCAUUGCCGUCCAUCUAAUCGGAGCUUAUCAGGUGUUCGCGCAGCCUUUAUUCGGCUUCGUGGAGAGUCGCUGCAGGCAGAAGUGGCCGGAAAGCAAGACGAUCACCAAAGAUUACUCGGUCCGCAUUCCUCUAUGCGGAGUUUAUGACUUCAAUGUGUUCAGAUUGGUGUGGAGAUCAGUGUAUGUGAUAGUAACAGCAGUGAUUGCAAUGAUCUUCCCCUUCUUCAACCACUUCCUCGGCCUCAUCGGAGCAGCCUCGUUCUACCCGCUGACCGUGUACUUCCCCAUAGAGAUGCACAUUGCGCAGGCCAAAGUGCCCAAGUACUCCAGCAGAUGGGUGUGGCUGAAGAUCCUCAGCUGGGCUUGCCUGAUUGUGUCGCUCGUCGCAGCGGCCGGAUCCGUGCGAGGGCUCGCCGACGACGUGAAAACGUACAAGCCUUUCCAGAGUCAAGCUCAUGAAUAGAGCACAUGUAGGGCUAGAUCCUAUUCAAUCUAUGAGUCCAAGAUCCAAAACAUUAUUUACCUGCAUUUCAGCAUUUAGUGAUUCUGUAGAGAUCAAUUGUCACCAUAUGAGAACUGUAUGCCCAUUUGAAUAAGAUAAGCUUAGUUUUAAACCAAUAAAGGCUACAAUAUGAGCAUCAAUA